CCCACUUUCUGAGAAGCCUCUUAAAAAGCACAGCAAUGCGUUUGAAUGGAAACAGAAGACAGGCUGCACAGUGUACAGCAGUAGUAUGACCUGCUUUUCAUGUCCAGCCUAACAGAGAAGACUUUGGUUCCAAUACUUUUAGGUUCAUUGUUGGUCUUUGCAUGAUCCUAAAAAUGUUCAGGUAAUCAUUUCAGGAGUUUAAAGAUUUGCUGGAGGCAGAGUAUAGCCUUCAUUGUUUCAGUAAGAGGCCUCAAUACUCCGUCACCCGUCCUGUUCAUGUUCAGUUGACUAAUUCAAUGGUGACUGAAAAAAGAAAAGUUGCUUUAAAUUAAAAUAUCCGGCUUCCUAAUUUAGAUGGCAAGAUAUGAAGCGUAGCCUGUGUGCAAAUGAGAACAAAGUAAAUGCAGAGCGUGUUAAAUGUUGAGGAUUGGGUUGGGGAGAUCCAGCCUGCCUCCCUGCCUUGUGGCGCGUUGAAAGCGCCGAUUGGAGAAGCGGCGUGCAGCAGGAGCCGCUGUGAUUAGGCUGGUUGCCGGAUCAGAUGGUCUCUGCAUCGCAGGGGGUGGGGGGAAGCAUCUCUUUGUCAUCCUGUCAUUUGCGGCCAGCACCUCUCUGCGCACAGGCUGCAUCUGCGAUCGGUGAUAAACGUGCUCUCACACGCCAUGUGAGCGUAGAGCAGCGGCAGCUUCGCCUCCAGCUCCUCUGCCUGCUGUUCAGUCGGCCGCUGCUUGCCUCUCUUCGCCUCUCCUCCUCUCUCCGCCGCCGUGCUGGAUUGUUCUGUGUCUAACAAAGCCCGGUCUCAGGCUGCUCGCAGACAGCUGCUCUCGGAACUCGGUGGCUUCGGGUUGAAUGGUGGUGCUCCAGUGGCUCAGCAAAUGCAGAAAAGGGAGCAAAGUUUCGGUAUACAAAUGCUCACUGUCCAGCCGGACGCAAAGCCAAAAGGCUGUGCCGGCUGCAACCGGAAGAUCAAGGACCGCUACCUGCUGAAGGCUCUUGAUAAAUAUUGGCAUGAGGAUUGCCUGAAGUGUGCCUGCUGUGACUGCAGGCUGGGCGAGGUGGGCUCCACGCUCUACACCAAAGCCAACCUCAUCUUGUGCCGGAGAGACUACCUCCGGUUGUUUGGUGUAACAGGAAACUGCGCAGCCUGCAGCAAGCUGAUUCCAGCCUUCGAGAUGGUGAUGAGGGCAAAAGAAAAUGUCUAUCACCUGGACUGCUUUGCAUGCCAGCUCUGCAAUCAAAGGUUUUGUGUGGGAGACAAAUUUUUCCUGAAGAACAACAUGAUUCUCUGCCAGACUGAUUAUGAGGAGGGGCUGAUGAAGGAGGGCUAUGCUCCACAAGUCCGCUGAUCAUCCAAUCAGAAGAGGAGGAAGAGCAGAAGUGAAAUGAAGAGACUGAAGGAGAGCAUGCAAUCACACAACAAAAUGCACUAUUGCCUCCUGUCCAGGUUCUGUACCCAACAUGUACAUAAAUUGGGACUUACUCUACUGUACAGAAUGGCCACAAAGACAAUGUGGCAAAAAAAAAAAAAAGGCUGGUGUAAAUUCACAUGUUUGUAUAUUUCAUUAUUUCUCUCUGACGGAUGCUGGCUCUCUUUACCUGACAAAGAAUAAACUAACUUUGCCCUGAGAGUGAUUGCUAACCAAAUUCUGUUCCUGGUUCAAAGUUCACUGGUUUCAUUGUACUCAGUAACAGACAGCAUCCCGCCUGACUGUAGGAUCCAAACACUUAAACUUGACACAAGAUUAGUUUAUGUAAACCUGAAUCACAGCUAUUUAUUUUUAAAAAACUUCACGACUAAGCAGGUAAAAGGUCCCCUGCUCUCAUUACACUCUUUGUGGUUCAUACACUGCAAUCUUUUAAUAAGUUUAAAAACUGACCUUUUCUUCCUGCUCCUGUCUCAGGCUGCUGUCUGUAAUCCUGUCCUAAGAAAGUUCAACUCAAAUUUUUACUAGCUGUCAAAUAUUGUUUUGGUAAUAUUCUGAAAACAUUGAGUACAGUACCUAUUGAAAACUUUUCACUCCUUUAAAUGUGUUACCCUUUUACUAUUCUUACAAAUCAGUCAUUAUAAAUAAAAAAAAUAAAUCCUCCAAUGUCAAAGUCAAAACGGAUUUCUGCAAAUAACAUAACUAAAAACACCAGCAAAUAUACAGUGCAAGAGCAUUUAUACUCUCAAAAAAGUGAAACAUGGCAGUUGUUCACAUUAUGUUAAUAUUUAAUUUCAAGUGCCUAUAGGCACUGAGCUAAUGUGGCUUGUUCCUAAUUUAUACUGCGUCUGGUUCAGUGAAUACACACCCAUCACAGGCAGUUACACUGCGUCCGGACAACCAAAAUCAAAACAGAUUCUGUUUUUGCCGGAUGCCACAGUAAGUCAAGUCAAUCUUCAAAAAUCACAACAGGAAGCUGAACUAGUACAGCAUCCGCAUCUUCAAAAUAAUUCACAAACACAGACUAUUUGCUGUCGUUAUAAUAUCUUUGAAAUAGCUAUAUUAAUGAAAAAUAUCGGUAUAGAUAAAAACGUUUUUAAUGCCUUUGGGAUUCUCCUUCAGGGAAAUUGUUAUUUCUGUCUCGUUUGAGUCCACAGUGGAUGCAAACACUGUAAAAACACUAAAAACAUGCAAUAAAAUUUUUUUUUAAAUAUCAUGCAAAAAAUUAAAAACACACACACGUCAUCACAACCAUACUCUCAAAAUCUCCAAAACAGACUCCUCCACUCACAUUUACAAGUGAACAGGUUCAUGACAUUGUUUGUCAUGCUUGAAAACGUAAGAAAGUUAAAUCAUCAAGAAAGGAAUAUGACACCAGGUUACCAUGACUAUUCUGACUGUUGGUUCUUCACCAGUCAGAGCUUUCUGGAAGUUCCAAUGACAAAGAAACUACUGAAGAAAAGUCACAUUAAGGCUGGACUAGAGUUUGCCAAAAGACAUGAGGGAGACUCCAUGGCCAAAUGGAAGAAAGUUCUUUAGUCACUAAUCACUACAAACACACAAUCCCCACUGUGACGCACGGUGGUGGGAGAAUCAUGCUGUGGGGAUGCUUCUUGGUAACAGACCUGGCUCAUUGUAAAGGUAGAAGGUAAAUGUUCUGAAGACAAAAGGGGGAUGUUGUAAAAAGGCUCAGUCAAAGCCCAGAUGUGUCCCAUAGAAAACUCGUAGCAGGUGUUUAAACAAGCUGACACCCGGAUCAGUUUAUCUGGAAGAAUGGAGGAGAAGUGCAGCCUGAGAGCGAUCCACACAGAGAGCCAGCUGAUAAAUACACACUGAAAGGGUGAAUAUUAAUGCAAUCACUUCUUCUGUUGUAUCAUUUUAUGUAGCUGUCAGAAAUCACUUUUCACUUUGACAUUAAAGCCUUUUUGUAUUUUUGGUCAAUUUGUAAAAGCAGUAAAAGGGUAAAACAUCUAAAACGUAGCAUUAAAGGAAGAAGGGUUGAGUUUGUUAUAAUUCAUUUCAAUAGUUUCUGUGAUUUUCCACCUUCUCCUUUUUCAUCAACGCCAGAUUUAGUAACUGAUUGGUAAAGAAACUUAAGCAUUUAACGUUUUAACAGUCAAAUAUGUUUACAGAAGACAAAGCAAAGCAUUGUGUUCAUUAAAUCUAUACAAUUAUCACUGCGUCUAUGUGUUCAUGGCCUCUGGGUGUAGGUGUUAAUAACCAGAUGUUUACAAGUUGGUCAAAAACUUUACUAAUGGGUCAAGUGUUUUGAAGCCAACAGUUGUCAGCAACAGAUAAGAAAAAUGAGAAGGAAUAGAGUGGAGUUAUUGAAUACCAGAGGAAAAACCUUUAGAAAAUCACUGGUCUGUGUUUUUAGAACAGCCUGGAUUUGGAAAUGGACUCCAUAGAGAUGAUUUUUGUGUUUAUCAAAACCUUUUCUCUCACACUAAAUUAAGCUGACAUAAACCUUAUGGAGACCUUUGAACACAUUGUACAAUGAAAGACUCACUUGCGAAGGGCUGACUGAUUUUUAUAUGUCAUUUAUUUUAAAAAGCCUUCUGUGCAUCUGUUGCUCAAAAAGGUGUUGUUGUUCAUUGUCAAAAUAUUUAGACCUCUUCCCUUUCAGAUGCGUGUGACAUGUUCACCACAAGAUUUAUGUCAAUUAACUUAGCUUCUCUCUGCAGAGGAACAUUCACCUUAACAACCAACACUUGUCAAAUGGUCAAAGCAGUGGAGACCAUUCCAGCUUCCAGAACAUCAAACUUCAUUUCAACAUGUUAGCAUGUCAGUCUGUGGUUGUACAUUAAAAAUAUAACUCAUUUUUGCUUUUUUUUUUUUUUUUUUUACAGUUCUUUUAAGGGAGAUCCAACAGUAGCAGCCAAUUAACAGUAGCCAAUCAGCAGCAGUUGACUAGCUGCUGCUGAUUGGCUGUUUUGCUGCGGCUCCUAACAGCAGCAGCUCUGCCCUCUGAGCUCUGGGACAGACACAGUUUUUUAGAAAUAAGUAGAACUGCUGUUUAGUGGGUUCUAGCACCAGUUAAGUUCUAGGAACAUAAUUAUCUGCACCUGAUGAAGUUUGACAGAGCUUACCCUAAAACUCCAGAGUGUCUGAUCACACUAGAACUGCUGCCAUUAUAACCUCUGCUGCCUGUAAAUCCAGUCAUUUGCAUUCCCAUGGCUGAUUUGUUGUGUGUGACAUUACACCCAAACUGGACUGGUCCUUACUGCUACUUAACUCAGUUCUAACCUGCUGACUGUAGCUUGAUCUUUGUUUCAAACAGUACAUGAGGAACAAAUCGCUACUGCUCUAGUUCUAUUUGGUGUUUUACUGUCAACUUGUUGAAAGUAAUUCUUAAAUUGUAUUAAGAGCAAAAUACCCAAGCUAAUUAAGCUAAUUGAAUUUCUUUGUGUUCCACACAAAGAGGAGAGGGAAAGUGUUUGAUCUAUUUAAUGCUAUUGAAAGCUUUUUGUUAUUUCUUAAUUGGAGAUCUAAUUAAAGAAACUAACUGAGCCAUA